AUGGAAGGUGAUAUCGACGGUCACAACGCUGACGUCGACAUGUCGGCUGCCGAUGAGGACCGCGUCACUCGUAUCACUUUCUAUAUUAGUCGGAGGACGUUUGCAGGAAGACUAGGUUCGAACACACAGCAAACAGGGGAGAUCCUCAUCAAUGGUCGUAAAGAGGCACUUGCUUUUGGAACUUCGGCCUAUGUGACUCAAGACAAUACUCUAAUGACAACAUUAACCGUAAGAGAAGCUGUAUACUAUUCAGCGCAGCUCCAACUCCCAGACUCCAUGCCCAAAUCCGAGAAGAAGGAAAGAGCCGAAAUGACAAUUAGGGAAAUGGGUUUGCAAGAUGCUAUGGACACCAGAAUAGGAGGCUGGAGCCAAAAAGGCCUUAGUGGUGGACAAAAGAGAAGAGUUAGCAUUUGCAUUGAAAUCUUGACCCGGCCAAAGCUUCUGUUUCUCGAUGAGCCAACUAGUGGACUAGAUAGUGCAGCAUCUUACCAUGUCAUGAAACGCAUUGUUAUGCUUGCUCGCCAGGAUGGGAGAACUGUUAUUGCAUCCAUUCAUCAACCUAGCAGUGAAGUUUUUGAGCUCUUUCACAAUCUCUGCCUUCUUUCCGCAGGAAGAACAGUUUAUUUUGGUCCCAUUACAGGUGCAGAACAGUUCUUUGCUUCAAGUGGCUUCCCUUGCCCAAGUCAUAGAAACCCCUCUGACCAUUACUUAAGGACUGUUAACCAGGACUUCGAAGAAGAUGUUGAACAAGGGCAUGGCAGCAUUAGUACUGAGGAAGUCAUUAACAUUCUUGUCAACGCAUAUAAAUCAUCAGAGAACAGCCAGGAAGUUCAACAGCGUGUUUCAGAGAUAGUCAAUCAGAAAGAAGGAACUCUGGAGAAGAAGGGAAGCCAAGCAAGCUUCAUCAGCCAGAGCAUGGUUCUCACAAGGAGAUCCUUCGUGAACAUGUAUCGCGAUUUAGGUUAUUAUUGGCUUCGCUUUAUUAUCUACGUAGCUCUAUGUUUAUGUGUAGGAACUAUCAUAAAUCCGCCACUGGGAACUAUGUUCCGUGACAUUGGACACGGUUAUGGGUCAAUUCAGGCUAGGGGUUCCAUGCUCACGUUUGUUUCAUCCUUCUUGACUUUCAUGUCAAUUGGAGGAUUUCCUUCUUUCGUAGAGGACAUGAAGAUAUUUGGACGAGAAAGGUUAAACGGACACUACGGUGUUGCUGCAUUUGUCAUUAGCAACUCAGUUUCUUCAGUUCCUUACUUGCUUAUAAUCUCUUUGAUUCCUGGUGCAAUAUCCUAUUUUCUAGUUGGGCUGCAAAAGGAUUUUGACCACUUUUCCUACUUCGCUUUGCUACUUUUUGUAUGCAUGAUGCUAGUUGAAAGCUUAAUGAUGAUCGUUGCAAGCAUAGUUCCGGAUUUCCUCAUGGGAAUCAUAACUGGCGCUGGAAUUAUCGGCGUGAUGAUGUUGGAUGGAGGGUUCUUUAGACUGCCGGAUGAUCUUCCUAAGCCAGUGUGGAAGUACCCGGUCUUCUAUAUUGCUUAUCACAGAUAUGCAAAUCAAGGAUUCUACAAAAAUGAAUUUAAAGGGUUAACGUUCCCCAAUAAUCAAGCAGAAGGACCACCAACAAUCACUGGUGAAGAAAUCUUGGACAGCUUUUGGCAAGUUGAGUUGGGGUACUCCAAAUGGGUUGAUCUUCUUGUUUUGUGCGCAAUGGUGGUUCUGUAUCGUCUCAUGUUUUUGGCAAUUAUUAAGACGGUGGAGAAGGUUAAGCCCCUUAUCAAAACUCUUAUGGCUCCUAAACCAUCGAUUCAGAUUUGGGAGAAUCCCUCCGCUUCUGCCACGCCUUUGCAAUCCGCUACACCUGCAUAACAUACUUCAAGGAUGUGAAGUGAAAUUGAAUCAGACUUGAUAUUGUGAGUGGAUGAAUGAAUUUUAAGGGGCUCGCUUUUAUUUUAUAUAAAAUAAGAAAUGUUAAAGGUAUGCCAGACUCAUGCAGGAGCUGAAGGCCUUGGCAUGUAAUAUAUGUUGUGUGAUUCUAAAUUUUGAGAGAUCUCUCUUUGUUUGGAUUGCAUUAGAUAAUAUUAUUUAAACUUUAUAUGGGAUAUUUGGAUUAUUUAUGAGAU